AUGAUUCAUCCAGAACUUGACUCAUUCUUGCUUUCAUUUCAUACCCUGGAAAGUCUGACUGCCAAGGGGUAUGUUCCUUCAGUACAUGCUGUGGCUAAUCAUCCAGAUCUGAAACGCCUUUGCCUGCAUGCGAUCGAGCAUCCUGAUAGAGAAAGAGAAGUUCUUAGUGGGAAGGAGAUCGGCAUCUUGGACCAGUCGUGUCCCAAUCUAACUACACUGGAGGUUGACAUGAAUACGGAUGGUGAAUGGCUAUCCAUUCAUGUCGAGCUGGGAGUCCGGCAAGUGGAGUUAGAAUGGCAAUUGCAGCAUCAGCUAAGACGACAACUAGAGCGACAAUUGAGACAGCAGCUGAGGGAGCAAUAUGCGGACGAAGACGACUCGAAGGGUAUGGAUCAAGCGGACCGGAUGCAUCUAGACGACUGGACGCACGAAUCGAUGCUGUCGGUGUUGACCGAAUUCAAAGCACACGAAUUUGGAAAGCGCUUCUUUGGUCGGAGACAUGAGCAUUCAAGUCUUGAGAAGAUAACAUUGAGGACAGGCGAGAAAUUAUGUGGAUCUUCGCGAGAACGGAGAAACUAUCUCCCCGAUGAGGGUCAGUAUGAGAAGAUUUUCGAAAUAUAUCCUCCUCCAACAAAGGAGAAUGAGCCAUUUCUCAAAGAAGUGGAGUCGGAAAGGGCUAGGAUGACUCGAGAAAUGAACGAAGGACUCGAUCGCAAGUUUGGGCCGCUCAAACGUCUCUGA